AUGCCGAAAUCUCCGCGAAAAAAGCAGAGAACUACCCAGCGAUCGAGCCGUAACCGUGUCGCGGAACAGCAAAUGAAACUAGAGGAAACAGGCGUAGAACAGAAAGGCUACAAGUUGACACUGUUCGGGAAGUGUAUCGACGUAGACGAGCAGGAUCAGCAUGCUUCGUACUAUGCAAAACUUCGAUUUUGGUUCCAUCAUGCAAUCCCGCAACGUAGUGAAGAUUCUCCCGUUCCCCGUAUGCGUUAUUCUUCCACUACAUCGUGUGCUUCACCGUCAGACGCACGUCAAAGCUACCAGCAUUUCGACGUUCCGGAUGAAACUGGCAUCUUCCAGAAGAUGCCUCCUCCGCUGCCAGCGAACAUGCUACCGUAUCCAACGGUAAAGCCAUUUCAAAGAAUCGUAACGCAAGACAAGGAUUUUACAAGCGAUCCAAGGAAUUUGCUGGAGGAACACGUGGCACACUGGAAGAAGGUGCGAAGCAAUUGGAUUCUUUAUCGACGGAUUUAUCUGCAGCGGUACAAGCCAUCUUUUGAUUUCAUUAACUCCACAUACGUACAGCCUGUGAACGAAUAG